GUUUUUGUGGUCCAGAGCUAAUUGAUGUGUUUGGUAGGAUAUGCCUCCCUCUGAAUCGUGGUUUCCGACUCCACAAGGCGGUGCGCUUGAGGAUUGGGCGGAUGAUUAUCGCAGGGCCGAGAUGCUGGUGCGGAAUAUGACGCUCAUUGAGAAGAUCAAUAUUACGACUGGAGUUGGGUGGCAGAUGGGCAUGUGUGUCGGGAAUACAGCGCCCGCCGAGUUUGUCAAGUUUCCCUCGUUGUGUCUGCAGGACGGACCGCUGGGGCUGCGCUACGCGGACUUGGUCUCCGCCUUCCCCGCUGGAAUUACCACCGGCGCUACCUGGAAUCGGGAGUUGAUCCGCCAGCGGGGCGUGGCGCUGGGCGAGGAGGCACGUAUCAAGGGUGUUAAUGUGCUUCUUGGUCCUUCUAUGGGUCCUUUGGGGAUGAUGCCCGCUGGCGGUCGCAAUUGGGAAGCGUUCGGGGCGGACCCGGUUCUUCAGGGUGUGGCGGCCGCGGAGACUAUUCGAGGCAUUCAGAGCACAGGGGUGAUGGCUACGGCUAAGCAUUAUAUCAUGAACGAGCAAGAGCAUUUCCGUCAGCCCUACGAGUGGGGCAUUGCAACGGCCCUGUCAUCCAACAUCAACGACCGUACGCUACACGAGGUCUUCCUCUGGCCCUUCGCGGAAUCCAUCCGGGCCGAUGUCGCCAGCGUUAUGUGCUCGUAUCAGAUGGUGAACAACAGCCACGCCUGCGAAAACAGCAAGUUGCUGAACGGUAUCCUCAAGGACGAGCUGGGCUUCCAGGGCUUCGUGCAGUCCGACUGGCUGGCCCAGCGCUCGGGCAUCAACAGCGCUCUGGGCGGACUUGAUAUGAGCAUGCCUGGCGACGGCCUUCACUGGGCGGACGGCCAAUCCUUAUGGGGAUCGGAGUUGACUCGUGCCGUGCUCAAUACUUCGGUCCCGAUGGAGCGCUUGAACGACAUGGUCACUCGCAUCGUAGCAGUCUGGUACCACUUGGGCCAGGACGCAUGGGAACGACCGCCCCCUGAGGGCAAUGGCGGUCCCAAUUUCUCCUCCUGGACCAACGACGAGGUUGGCUGGAUCUAUCAGGGGUCCCCCAGUGAGGAGACCUACGGGGUGGUGAAUCGCUUCAUCAACGCCCAGGGUGAGGGCGACAAUGCCCACUGGAUCAUCGCGCGCAAGGUUGCGACCGAGGGAAUUGUGCUCGUGAAGAACGACCGGCAGACACUGCCACUGUCCCGCCGCCCCACGACUGAUUUGGGAGCCGUGUUUCACGUGGGUGUCUACGGUGAUGAUGCGGGCUCGGCACUGGGCCCCAACGCCUGCGCGGAUCGCGGGUGCAACCAAGGAACCCUGGCGAUGGGCUGGGGCAGCGGGACGGCCGAAUUCCCGUAUCUGGUCAGUCCGUUUGAGGCUUUGCAGUCCGCCUGGGAGACGGAGGUCGAAUUGAGCCCAUAUCUCCGCAACGCGGUGAUGCCGGCGGAGGUGUCCGACAAGGACCUGUGUUUGGUCUUCGCUAAUGCCGACUCGGGAGAAGGGUUUAUCUCGGCGGGUGGCAUCCAUGGCGAUCGCAACAAUUUGUUCCUGCAGAAGGGCGGUGACACUUUGAUCGAAACGGUCGCGCGAAACUGCGCGGGGCCGACCGUGGUGAUCGUGCAUGCGGUAGGUCCUGUGGUGGUGGAGUCGUGGAUCGAUCUGCCAGGGGUCGAUGCGGUGCUUUUCGCUCAUCUGCCGGGUCAAGAGAGCGGCCACGCGUUGGUGGAUGUCUUGUUCGGCGUGGUUGAUGCCAGUGGGCGGCUGCCGUACACGAUCGGCAAGAGUCUGGAAGACUAUGGACCCGGGGCGCAGGUGCUGUAUGAGCCUAAUGCACCCGUGCCGCAGGUAGAUUUCCAGGACGGGCUGUAUAUUGAUCAUCGGUAUUUCGAUCGACACAACAUCACGCCGCGGUUUGAGUUUGGAUUCGGAUUGUCGUACACGACGUUUGAGCUUGCCGAUCUUCAUAUCCAGGGCCUGCAGUCCAAGUCCCGUCUCCCGGCGUCUCGACCGCCCCAGACCGUCUUUCCCCCGGCGUACGAGACGGAGCCGCCGCGCAAUGAGUCGGUGCUGUUCCCUGCAGACUUCCGGGCGAUUCCCCAGUACAUUUACUCGUACCUCACGUCGAUGAACGGCACCGCGGCGGCCAACUACACGCACUAUCCGAAGGGAUACGACCAACCGCAGCCGUUGUCGCCGGCCGGCGGCGGCCUGGGCGGGAACCCAUCGCUCUAUGAAGAGGUGGUGAAUGUCGAGGUCGCGGUGCGCAACACGGGGCCGCGGGCCGGUCAGACUGUGGUGCAGGUGUAUGUCUCAUUCCCCGAGAACGUGACCGAGGAUGGUGACUGGGUGGAGGUGCACGAAGGGGAGCGUCUGUCCAGCAAGAAGAAAUUGGAGCGGAUGCCCGAACCGAUUGAGUUUCCCAUGCGCGUGCUGCGCAAUUUCACCAAGGUCGCCCUGGAGGCGGGGGAGCAGCAGACGGUGGCGAUGACGUUGAACCGGAAGGACUUGGGGUAUUGGAGCGUGCGAGAGCAGAAUUGGGUGAUGCCCGAUGGCAAGUUUGCGAUUUGGGUCGGACAGAGUUCACGAGAUCUUCCCUUACGAGGGGAGUAUUGAUGAUGAUGUGAACUUCGGACUGGCCGUAGUGAUUAUGCUGCCUACUCGGAAUAGUUGGUUAGUACACUGUGAUGUGAUGAUCAGUGAGACACACAGUAGACGAAGACCUUAGCGAAGGGAUUGAGAGCAAGGUAUUGGGGGAAAUUCUACACAUCCGAGACACCCGGGGGAAUGUACAGUUGCAUUGCAUGAAUAGUACAGGUGACCCUCGUGUAUGUAAAUAGAAAAUGGUCGGGAAUUAUGGGUGCCUAGCUGAAUGGUGUUGGUGGACUUGGGGGAGUUUGUGCUGUCUUAGUUAUUCCUGAAUAAUCUGGAAUAAUCUGCAGAGUGCAGAUGAUAUCAUCGGC